GCAUCUCCAGGAUGAAAUCCAGAACAGCAGCGGGAUAAUCGCCGGCUCGUCCUCUGGUGGUACUAGUCAGAUGCACACACUCCAGAUAAUCGAGCAGGAAGAAGAGCUGCUGAUCAUGGAUCAGAUCAAACACGAGUUUCCCGCGGCCGCGACGAAUUUGCUUUCUGGCCUGAUCCAGCGGUUCCCGGCGCACGUGGUGCCCAUCCUGGUGAAGCUCGCCGAGGAUUUACUGAAGAGACGCAUUAUGUUGAAACAGGGUGGAGGAGUGCUAGCCGGUUUUGGUGACGAGUUGGGGGUCGAAGUGGAUAGCAGUAAAAUUGGUGAGGACCACGCCUCUAGUCGUGCGCCUGAAAGUGCAUCUGGGCGAUUCACUGGCGGUGGUGCAGCUGCCAUAUCAAGGAAAAACAACAAGCAGAAGACUUUCACGCAGGACGCGAGUGACUGCGAAGUCUUUUUAGUUUUGCUUACAGUUUUCUGGAAGAAGAUGGUCGAAACCACGCUAAAAGUGGACCAGUUUUUGCCUACCACGUCGGGGGGCCAAAGCGUAGCAAGAGCUGGCGCAAAUGUUGAUUCGUCGACUUCGGGGGCGUGCGUUUCGCCGACUCGGCGUGCAGUAGCAGCAGGUACGGUGGGAGAUGCGACAGCGGCUGCGGCCGGGCCCUCGUUUAUUGCCACAUCUUCAGCAGCAGGCUCCGCAAGCAAGAUGCUCGCUGCGCAACAAGAUAUCAGCGAGGAACAGCUCACGAAAUUCCGCUCAGUGCUAGAAGGCGUCAUCUUUCUCGCCGAGGACCGGGGCUUGGUUUCCCUAGAUGAAGAAGAGCUGGAGGGGGCUGGUGAAGGUGGGGCAUCAGCCGGAGCGGGGGUAGUACCUUUUCAACAGCAGAACGAAACCGCGAAUGGGGGCGCGCGAGGUCAAAAACAUCGACACGACCAUUUGGGUUUGAAUCUUCCGCACGUGGUAGAAGAACAGCACUUUUUCGUGUCACCAACUUCACCGCCUCCGAAUACUAUUCAUCGCGGCAACCCGGCUGGGGCUGCUUUUUUCUCCCCGACGAACGUGGCAAGUAACCACAACCUGUUGCCGCCCGCACACCCGAUGAGCCCCACCCGACCUAGCUGGUCUGUGGCGAAGGAGCGGCGCGCGUGGAAGAUGUCCCUCUCGGCGGCGAGAGGCGGGGCGGGAGCAGUUUCGUCGGGAGAUGGUCACUGGAGCAGAAGCCAACAGAAACGAAAAUCUUCGCUCCGGGACCACGCGAUGCUGACUGCCUCAAGCGGCAAGAAACUUGCCGCACCCAGUGCAGCGGUCCUCCCGGCGCGGCCGGGUGCUUUGAUCACUAGCCCCGGGUCGCCCGCCCUCGGGCCCGCGAUAGCCUCGUCGCCUGUUUUUGCGGGUAACAUGAUUGCGGCGCAUCAACAGCUGGAGAAAGACCAGGUCGCGGCGGGAAUGUUGAACCAGGACUCAGCUGCAGUAGAUUCUCCGAUUUUGCCAUUGUCGCUGGAAAAUACAGCUGAGAUGAUGUUGACAAGGAGUGGAGAGAAAAAUCACAGAGCAUCUCCUUCAUCUGGCGUGACCAGGAGUAAUGCAGCCGCUACUUCGUCUAGCUCGAGCAGCGCCGCGGCCGGCAGUAGUUUUCUUCCCGCAGGUAGUGCAGCUACGGAAAAAUCUCAAAGGCCCGCCCUGGCCCACCAAGAGCAGCCAAAACCUCCAAGUAGGCGGAAGAGUCUUCUGGUGUACAACCGGCGAGAGCAGCGAUGCUUAGAGCAGCUGCUGUUCCAGAUCGUGGUCUCGCCGCUCCUGACGGACCUCCUCGCUGUGUACACGCGGUUGUGUCCACAGCGCGCCGGGUUGUUUGUGCAGGUCGUACAGGAAGCCGUCGACGAUCCUCUGUGGAACGGAGAGCUGCAGGUCGUGCGAAAAAUGAACGCCGCAGCCGCGACGGCAACUGCACAGUAUCAAGAAUAUCAAGACGAAGCAGUUGAUGAAGGUCGGCGGCACGAAGAUGAGCAGAAAAGCAAUAUGAAGGAGCAAAAGUGUAGUUCUGUUGUACAACGAAAAACAAAUCCGAAAACGCGGACACUCGAUGAAAUCAUUGAGUUCCUGCGAGAUUUCCACCGGAGCGAUCAGUCUUUCCAGAAUGCUUUUGCCGAGUAUCUCACCGAAGACGAAGACCACGAUUCUAGGGGCUUUGCGGAAAGUACCAGGAAAGAUGACUUCUUCAACAUCGAAACUAUACGGGGACGCGGCAAACUAAUACCACCAGAUCAACAACAAGCUCGAGCAGCAUCCGGCCUAGCACUCACGAAAAACCACCACGACCUGUCAUUGCUAAACCCCAACACUCUUGCAAUCGUCAAAGAGCAGCAAGAAAAAGCGUUGAGGCUUGCGGAAUCGUGCGAAGUAUUUUCGUUCGGCGGCCCGGGAAGCACAGUAGUGGCGCCUGGGACAAGGGGUGUUUUAGAAGAAGAGGAACAUUUCAACACUUCCGACCGAAGUCCGAAUGCUGCAGCUGCGUCGAGCAGUACCAAAAAGCAGAGUCGUCAUAUCAACAGACGAAGAGAAAAUCAGGGCUUCCUCUGUCCCUCCGAGCCAAGCAGCCAACUUAUCGAGGAGAAAAAAAUCCUUUUGGCCUUGCGUGAUUACCUCCUUCGGGACGAUGAGGGGGAGGAAAGCAGGCCAGCACCUCCGAAGGAGGAGCCGCAGGCUUCUCACGAGGACGCCGGAAAUGCUAAUGCAGCAACUCUGGCGUGUAAAACCUACAGAACGAGAUCAGGUGCGCUUUCUCUUCUCGAGGCAUCCGUGGAGCGAUUUUCAGACGAAGGAGCCCCCCGGCCGUUGGGUAGCGGUGGUGCGGCUCCCGCCGGAGCAGCUUGUACGACGACCGGCACCACAAGCACAACCACGACGGUCCUCGGCACGAUGCUUCCGAUGAGGUUUUGGCGGCAGCUCCGCGGCCAUUUGCUGACCCGCCUGCUCCACAGCAUUCUCAACAUGGAGAAGGUUCUGAUUCUGGCCAAUGCAACGUCGGUUCCUCGUUUGGAUGACAAAGACCAGCUCAACCACGAGCGAGGACCCGACGCGCUCUCAUCUUCAUCAAGCUCAAGUAGUCUGAAGAUCACUACCAGGCUGGACCCCGGAAACCUGAACCCAGGGUUUUUGGACGACAUUGGGAGGAUGGGGGUCCAGUGUCUCCACUCGAAGGUAAGUGCACUGGCCCGGCUAGCUUCUGAUGCAGCACACCACAGGACAUCAGAAUCAAAUGGAGAAGGAGAUUUUUAUAUGGAGCCAGCACACAAUCAAGAUGAAGAUCACGAAGCCUUACUGGGACAAGGACAAAUGGACAAACAAGGGCGGGCUGCUGGUGCUGGACAGGUAGACGGAGAAUUCGUUCUGAGCAAUGAAGACGUCUUCGUCAACACCGAAAUAACUGCAGCACAGGCACCACGACCGCCGAAUUCCUCUUUCGCCCAGUCUCAGUCUCGUCGUGUUCGAAAUACCGCGAUGACAGGAAACAGUGGUCGACAAAUACCCGCCUUGAGUGUGACGGUAUCAGCAAGAGGCGGUGGCGGGCCCCGAGGUGGCGGCGGAGGCGGAAAGGAUGUGCAACAUGGGCGGCGGGUAGCGGCACAGCAGGACGAGCAUCAGCAUCAGCAGCAGCCGCCACCAGUGGACACCUUGGGAAAGCGGGCCGGACGUUUUUCCAGGCUGUUUUUCUGAGCGACGUUGUGCUGAACGCCGCUGCGCUGCCACAACCGAUGUCUGAAUGUACUAGGCUUGUAGAACUAGAACAUAGUAAAGACAAGACGAGCUGCAGCUGCUGACGCGACGACCACGGGGCACCUGCUAAAAAUGCGAAGACACCGUAAUCAUGACGCUGAACUAGUUUUUACCUCUAGAUCGAACCGGAACUGCGUUAGACUUUUCGCAGCUGAGGAGCACGAAAUCUUUGAAGGCGAUGGACCACUUUCCGGUCCCGCCUGCGAAGGAAUUUAUUCUUUGUCGACUCGUUGCCAAGGAAUAUUCUUACUUCGUCUCUCUUCAGGAUCACAAGGAAGGUUUUGCACAGGGAAAGAGUUUCAGGUCGACAGCAUCAGGACUCGGUGGAACAAGCUGCCCAGGAUGUAAUCGUGGUGUUC